ACCUGAAGCCGAUUUUGAUCAAUUACCACCGUCCACUGUGAGUCGACCAAGGAAAACUUCCCAGCAGCCGCCGCCGCAACAGCCUCCACCUGCUCAUCAUGGUCACUCGCCAAUGCCUACUCAUCCCGCUGCUAUAUCUCCGUACAACCGUCCAAUGCAACCUCCUUCUGUAUAUCAAUCGUCGUUACCACCGCCGUUUCCUCCCAGCUCUAUGUCGCCUAGCCCGGGUUACGACAUGUAUUCUGUGCCACCCCAUCCUCACAUGUAUAUGAUGCAGCAGCAGGCUACCCAGCCUCCUCCCAUGUCGCAAAAUGUGCAUCCACAGUAUCAACAGCAUCCAAUGCCACCGUCGUCUCAACAUUCGUUGUAUCCGCCACAUCCAGGUUCUUAUAAUCAGUCGUAUCCCUCUUACCCGCAACCUCAACAGCAGCAUCCACCGUCCCAUUCACCUUUGCCGAUCCCACCUCAGUAUCAAGGUUCGCCGCAGCCUGUACAUCAGCAACGUAUGAUCUCACCGGUUCCUCCUCCGCCGCAUAACGGCACACCAGUUCCCUCUAGUCGCACUCCUUCCUCCAGUGAGGGUGGGGGGCCCGGUUCGCCCAAUAUUUCUUCUCCCAAGGUUGAAAGUCCAAAUGGCACGACCAAGCGGCCCAAGCUACGAGUGCAGAUUCCAUCGGAGACUUCCGAGAAGCCUGUGACAAAACCAGAAGUGGAUGAAGGGAUAACAAGAAAAGGAAGCGACGACAUGCUACCAAUGAGUACUCAGCCUCCAUCGGCGGCCAUGAGAGCUACUGGAAACACUGCAAAUGAACCUGGUCCUCCUUCUGCUUUACCUUCUGAAUUUGCUCAGAAUUUACCCUCUCCGUCCACGUUUUAUCCUGAAUUCUACCAACAAAGCGAAUUACCGAGUCCUUUAAAUUUCUCUGCCACGCCUCGGGAAAGCGGCCGUGCCUUUCACUGGCCCGCCCCGGGAGGUAGAGAUUAUAACUAUAAACCAUCUCCGUUAGCCAAACUUGACAGGUGAGUGAAUGGGUCAGUGAAGGAAUUACUUGUGUAUGCUCAUACUCACUCUUUCUUGUAGCGGUAAACAAGGUGACCCCAGUAAACGACUGAGGGAAGACGAGGGUGGCACAGAGCAAGCUGAACAGCAUAAGCGAAACAAGCAAUAAUACUCCCCUCUUGUUCAUAUCCCUUUUUACCCCCUCCAUUGUGUUCUAUCCGCAUCUUGUGUCCUUUUUUUAUUUCUUCUUUUCUUAUAGUCAAUUUUUCACA